AUCGUCAAGGUGAAGGUGGGCUGGAGGUGCGCUGUAAUCUCAGCCCGCGUCUAGGUGCCUGGAGACGGCGGUUGGGAAGCUUGGCCAAGAAAAUGGAGUUCUACGGAGGGAUGCUGCGCUGGCUGGUGCUCGCUGGUCUGCUGGCCGCUGCCUCACCGCAGCGCGUGACCUUCGGCGGCCAGCGGCAGGCCACGAGGCGGAGGUUCCAGCCGUCGUCGCUGGAGGGCGACGCUGUGCCGCGCAUAGGCCUGGUGGGCGGUCAGCUGGGCAACCUAGACCCGGUGCCCGGCUCCGACUACCCGUCUCGCAUCGUCAACACGAAGCCACAGACAAACCAGCCGACCACAUACCAGAGUGGCGCCAGCCAGAACCUCCAGCAGGGGAACAACGUCUACACCGGUGGGCAGUCAGAGGGGCGUAAUCCAAGACGCGACAGCUGCUACUGCUCCGAUAUCCACCAGUGUCCGCACAACGACAACUUCGACGGCUCUGGUCUGCUGGACAUCCGUAUCGUCAACACCAGGCCCACGGUUGUCAACAACCAGCUGCAGUGCGCCAGCCAGUACCAGGAGCUGUGCUGCCCUCCCGCCUCGGGCGGCGGCGGCGGUGGCAGCGGCGUGUACCCCGUGCAGCCACAGCCCACGUACUCGGCGUGCCCGGCGGCGUCCGCACGCCAGUGCGGCCGGCGCACCUCCAUCCCGGUGCCCGGCUACAACAAGCAGCCGGCCGAGGCGCACUUCGGCGCCUAUCCGUGGGUGGCGACCAUUCUGCGCGAGGGCGACGCCUACGUCAGUUCGGGCGUGCUCAUCGAUAGCCAGUGGGUGCUGACGGUGGCCCACCACGUCAACAAGUACAAGAAUGACUACUCUAGGCUCAAGAUCCGCUUCGGUGAGUGGGACGCCAGCGACCCGAAGCACGAGCCGUGCGCGCACGAGGAGCGCACCGUCUCGCAGAUGAUCGUGCACCCGUACUUCAACUCCGGCAACCUGCAGCAGGACGUGGCGCUGCUGCGGCUCUCACAGCCGCUCUACCUGCAGAGCCUGCCGCACGUCAACACCGCCUGUCUGCCAGCCGCCGGCCAGAGCUUUGACUAUCAGCGCUGCUGGGUGGCCGGCUUCGGCAAGGACGCGUUCGGCGCGCAGGGCCAGUACAGCUACAUUCAGAAGGAGGUGGACGUGCCGGUCGUGCCGCAGGACACGUGUCAGUACCAGCUGCGCCAGACGCGGCUCGGCGGCGACUUCCGGUUGGACUCGCGCGCCUUCAUCUGCGCCGGCGGCGAGGAGGGCAAGGACUCGUGCGAGGGCGACGGCGGGGCACCGCUGGUCUGCGACGACGGCUCCGGCCGCUGGACCGUGGCCGGCCUGGUGGCCUGGGGCGUCGGCUGCGCUGAGGCCAACCGGCCCGGCGUCUACGUCAACGUGGCCUCGUACGUCGACUGGGUGCGGAACCAGAUCGGCUACAGGGGUUGAGACGGCGGCCGAGGCGGCGGCGCGGCUGGCAGGCUGGCAGGCUGGCAGGCUGGCAGGCUGGAAGACUGGGAGGCUGGUAACCUGAGAGGCUGGGCAGCUGGGAAGCUGGGAAGCUGGGAGGCCGCGGAUUUGUGAGGCCGGGGGGCUGGCGCAAAAGUGUAGCUACCGUGGGUUUGGCACAGCUGUUCAGCAGAUUGUACUACAGCAGCUCGGGAUGUGUCUCAGCAGCUCAGCAACCAGCAGCUCGGGAUGAGUCUCAGCAGCUCGGGAUGCGUCUCAGCAGCUUGGGAUGUGUCUCAGCAGCUCAGCAGCCAGCAGCUCAGGAUGAGUCUCAGCAGCUCGUGAUGCGUCUCAGCAGCCCAGCAGCCAGCAGCCCGGGAUGCGUCUCAGCGGCGCAGCAGUUCAGGAUGUGUGAUCGUUAGUCCACCGGCUGGGUGCUUCUCAGCAGCUCAGCUGCUGGAGAUCUUGCUUAGCAGCCCCACGGGUGGAGUUAUUCCUCGCAAGCUUAGCGUAUGGAGUGAUAAGGAGCGUGCACGGAGUGGCACAAUCCACGCACUCGAUCACAAACUCAGCCAGGGAUGCGUGUCACGUGACCUCAACGCUCAUGCUCGAACUGGAUCUUGGCCACGGGCCGCCAGGCGAGUCCAUUGAGUACUGCACCGCUCACCGUUAAUACAUACGGCGCAAUUCUA